AUGCAUCUCGACCACAAACUACCGUGGAAAGACCUUUCGUCUCAUUAUGAUCUUGUGAAACUGUUCACGCACUCCAAUCCCCGUGCAGGCGACCUCAUCGCUCGCAAUCAACCUGCUCAAUCCAUUGCCUUGGGAGUUUUCACACGAAUUCUCGCCAGCACAAUCCGAGAAUCCUCCGUCACCGAGAGAGCGAAGUAUCCUACCGAUUUCCAGGAGACCCAGUCAGCCGAGCAAGAUGAACUGUUCUCGGAUGAUGUGCUUGAUUUUCCAGAGGAGAUUUUCAAACUUAGGGAGCACAAAAUGGGUUCUGUUUACAACAAUCCUCUUUCGGAAGAUAACCAGCGCAUGGGGUACUGGAUUCGUCGAGCGGAGGCAAAUGGCGAACCAUCCGAGCAAGUCCUUCCGGCAGACGGUGAAGAUCUGGCAGAUGCAGUCAAAAUGCUACUUACUGUAGCCUCAUGGGCAAGUGGAGACGACGGGGACCAUGCCAAGAAUCUUGAACAACAGUCGAUGACAGCUCUUCUUCGUCUGUCUGGACAUCCCGACAUUCCUCUCUCAAGCUUGGACUCGCUGUCAUACAAGGGUGUUACCAAGGUGGCCGAGCUUGCUCUCCAAAUCUAUCUCAUGAUCAAUGUUGUUGAUACUAUCAUGACCCCACCUACGACUACAGAUGGCACAGUGCUGUGGACCGAGAAGGAUGUGACACUGUUCGACAUUGAUUCGUUUGGAUCCUUUGCGCGCGGGGUGCUGAGCGAUCACGAGUUCCAAGCUCAGAAAAUUCCGCACAGAGUGUUUUGGCAAUCGCUGGGUGUGAAUGACCUUUGGGUCGAUCGUCUUUACUUCCCGAGUGAACCGCAUUAUGGAUCGGGGGGCAAUUCUCAAGGUGCCAUUCACGAAGGUACUACCGAUCCCUUGUCACGUGGAGAUGGCGCUUCAGAUCUGGCAAGAGAGGCGGUGGAGGAUUACAUGGACAUGUGCUUUGAGCUGAUGUUUCGAUACGAUAUGCUGCUGAGAGAGUGGUAUGGAGGUGAAAGUGCGGAUGAAUGGUGGGAGGAGAAGAUUCUUCGAGCUCUGAAGAACAUGGGACGCAUCUGGAAUUGA